GCCCUUCUUCAUGCCGGUUACAUCCCAGCCACUCCCAUCAAUCCAACUGUAGUGAUUUCGAUAUGCUCACUUGAACUUCUCCACUGUCUGAUGCGCACAUCACCGAGCUUCAGUAUUCAGUCAUUUACCCGACUGCUGGCUGAUUUACAUUGUGUCGUAUAUCAGCCAUACCUUCGUACACAGGUCUCACUUGCUUUUGAGGCAUAUUACGCUAUCAUCAUGAGAGUGAACGCCUUUGUAAAGCAUGUCAUGGGGCAUGAUAUGCCAGAUUAUCGCCUCAAGAACUCAUGUCCUGCAUGCCAUUACAAGCUUUACAAUGAGCCCAAGCACCCCAUUGAGUUAAUUGUUACUGGCAAUGGAAACACUUCCCUUUCAUGCCUUCCACACCAAUAUGAAUCUGACUGUCGGACUUUUUUUAGUGAUUACUUUUUACUUCGAUCAGAGGUAGAUGCAUUUCAAAAUACCAAGAAACAAUCUCAGCUUGACUCAAUGGUAUAUGACCCACCCCCCGAAUCGUGCAUUGGCUGGAAGAACUCUUGGCCAAUGGCUCAAACAACAAAGGCUGGAUCCCUCGGCAUUAUGGAUGAAACAGGCAUAUUUUUAGUUAUUUGCCACCAUGGUAUUGUCCAGUUUAUCAUGGAUAUGGUCAAAAGUGGGGAAUUAGCAAAGUACCCAGUGGCAGCAGCAAACAAACUGAUAAGUACAUUUGGCCAUGACAUCCUCUUCGCUUACGAUGUUGGAUGCACCUUCUCCAUCACACUUGCCCGCUCUACUAUUGGCGAUGUGGCAUGUCAGGCCAAUUUCUUGUGCUGUACCGGCUCCUUUCAUGGUGUUGCCCACAGUAGGUUGUGUCAGCUCGAUCACCUCAUAGGUCUCAAAGAAGGGGUGGGCAUCGAAGACGGGGAAGGCAAUGAAUGGGCAUUCUCCUCCACCAAUGGCGUUGCAGCAGUAACCCAGCAUGCGUCUGCACAUUACCGCCACUUCCAGAUCCACCUUCAUUUUGAGAAGUGGGACCAGGAUAAGUAUGAGCGCUUAGGCAACUUUCUAUUAGGGAACCAUACCUCUGCAUGGACGCAGAUCCGCAAAUCCAUGGAUAUCUUGGAAGCAACGAAAUGCAUGCACCCAUCAUAUUUCGACUGGGACUGUCCACUAUUUCUGCAAGAAGAGAAGGAAUACAUUGCAUCGCUGAGGUCUGAGCCAAAGGCUGAACAAGCCAAAAUCGAGUACCUUGAAGCACUGGAGCGAUUAGAGAAUGCUGACUUCGGCCUCUGUUAUCAAUGCUAUCUGCAUCACCAACCUCAGAACUCGCCUACCAAGCUUCGUGUGCUCAAUGCAAAGUGGAGGAUGCACACUGUAUUGUCUCUGCACUGGAGGCAACGUCAUCCCUUGCCCUGGCUUGAAAACUGUCCUCAACGCCAGGAAGCCAUCCAGUUGCGUAAUGAGAGAAAGUAUCAUCGCCUUCUUGAUGAUCUGGAACAUCGUGCUAUCUCUCGUCAGUUUGAGUUGGAGAAAAUGGGUCUUCCAAAGACCGACUACAAAACCUGUCAACAUAUAUCACAGUUGGUUGGAAAACAGAGCAGGACGCUUCAUUCCACCCUUGAGAAGUACAACACCACUGCCGCAGCAAUGAUACCUCUGAAGCCAUCCCUCACUUGGGAUGACAUAACCCAUCCUGACUUCCCAAGUACAGUUGAACUAUUACAGGGUCGUGAUGAUAUUCGGAGUUGUGAAUGGACGCAGGAGCAUUUCCACGCAGCAACCCAUGCAUGGGCAAGACUCCAAUGUGCAAAAGAAGAACUUGUUACCAUUGGAGUUGAAACCCGCAGAAUACUGACCUCUAUGAGGGAUGAGGAACUACAGCUCAAGGUAACUAUCAAGGUUGUGGCUGCUAGCAACCCAACCCUUGCAUCAUAUAUCUCGAUGGCUUUCAAGUGGCAUGUCGAAGCAAAUGCCCACCUCCGCAAGAAAUUA